UUUGUUUACAAACAUUUUUUCACGCACAUCCCUAUCAAUUUUUUUCAGCGGUUUACUUUCUAAUAAUCCAGUUGACUUUUGAACAACUUUCAAAAAAAAAAAACAUUCUCGGAAAUGUCCUCUUCCGGCGAGGUCUCCGCCCUGUGCCGUGUUUGCGUCGUCCCGUUUGAAAACUGCACCAUGUUUCGGUUGUUCGACGAACGGAACGACCCACUGCCGAUAGCGGUGGCCUUCUGGCGAGUGUCGGAAAUCGAGAUCCAGGUGGAAGAUUCAAGAUUCCCGCAAAGCUGUUGCCUUCGGUGCCGGGACCGGUUGCAGGAGGUUGAAGAUUUAAGGGCGCUGUGCUUGGAAUCGGAUCGGAAGUUGCGGAAAAUGAUUGGCGUUGGCUUGAAGGAGAACAAAGAAGUGCAGGACAAUGGAAUUGGUCACAUUGAAUCGUUUCCCAAGGUAGAGGCAUUCGACAUUUCCGAAUCGUACUCGUGUUGGAACGAUGCGGAGGGCAGACUUGAUUCCAAUGGAGAAGCCGACAUCGAAGGACCUAGUAGGAGCGCUGAUACGGUAGGAGAUACGACGAAUAAAAAUGAGUUUCUUGAUUCGAUAGAAGAUGCCAACAAAGGGAACGAUGCUGACGCAGUGAAAGAAACUCCAAAAAAGAUAUUUAAGAGAAAGACUAAAUCUAAUGUGAAACAAACUCCUAAAACUCUAAAAGCAGGGACGGAGAACCAAACGCCAAAAUCGAAGUCUUCAAGAAAACCAAAGUCAUUUCAGUGCACGUUGUGCGGUAAAAUCUACAAAUCCAUCAAAAGUCUCCGAGAGCACGAAACAAGCCACUACCCAGUCAGGAAGAACCACAAAUGCCCCAUUUGCUCACAGGAGUUUGCACGACGGAAGUACUACUCAACGCAUCUCAAAAUGCACCGAACGGAAAACCAAUUCAAAUGCAACGAAUGUGACAAAGCGUUCCACGAGGACAAGCUGCUGCAGGAGCACAUCCGCACCAAGCACCGUGGCGAACGACCCUACCAGUGCAAAUUGUGUCCAAAAACGUACACACGUUCUUCGUCGUUGUUCGUGCACGUUCAGAUAAACCACGAAAAUAUCAAGAAAGCGUUGUACAGAUGUGACAAAUGUACAAAGUCGUUCCUAAACAGACAUCACUAUGAACGUCACGUGAACAGCCACGAAGGCUUAAAGCUGAAUCAAUGUCCUCAUUGCGGUACCAAGUACGAGUACAAGGCGUACCUGGUGCAGCACAUAGCCGAGAAACAUCCGGAAACGGUAGAGAAUCUAAGCCGGUGUCAGUAUUGUGGGGUAGGGUACAGUACGGAUGGAUACUACCGGAAACACAUCGUCAAGAGACAUCCGGAACAUUUAAGAGAAUUCGACCAAUGCAUGAAGGAAAAACGUGAUGCCAUGACUGCUGGAUCGCAAUCUCCAAUCACAGCAAAUCAAGAUGCUGGUGGAUCUUCAAGUACGACUUCUUAUAGACAAACAUCCUCAGAAAUGUCCUUUUCCGGCAAGGCCCACGCCCUGUGCCGUGUUUGUGCCAUUCCGUUCGAAAGCUGCACCAUGAUUCGGCUGUUUAACGAACGGAACGAGCCGCUACCCAUAGCGGAAGCCUUCUGGCGAGUGUCGGAAAUCGAGAUCCUGGUGGAAGAUUCAAGAUUUCCGCAAAGUUGCUGCAUUCGGUGCCGGGACCGGUUGCAGGAGGUAGAAGAUUUGAGGGCGCUGUGUUUGGAAUCGGACCGGAAGUUGCGCAAAAUGAUUGGCCUGGGCUUGAACGAGGAGGAAGAGGGCGAGGAUCUCGGGAUGGGUACGGUAGAUGUCGUUCCCAAGAUUGAGAUACACGAAGCAUCCGGAUCUUACUCGUGGUGGGAUGAUACGGCAAACAGACAUGAAUCUGAUAAAGAAGAAAACGGAACGGAAGAACUGCCUAAAGUCAAGCAAUCCAGAAAAAGCAAAAAUAUAGCAUCAGAAAAGACGUCAUUUGAAUCUCAUGAUAGCCAUUUUGAUCCAAAUACUGUAGAGCAGACACCAAAAAGGAAGAGCAAGAAACGAACUCCUAAAACUCCAGAAGCAGGCAAGGAUGGGGCGACACCAAAGGAAAAACCUUCCAGAGAUCCUAAGACAUUUCAGUGCACGCUGUGCGGCAAAAUCUACAAGUCUAGCAAAAACCUGAAAGAGCAUGAAACGAGCCACUUUCCGGACAGAAUGAACCACAAAUGCCACAUUUGCUCGCAAGAGUUUGCCCGACGAAACUACUAUUUAGUGCACCUUAAAAUGCAUCAAACGGAGAACCAAUUCAAAUGCAACGAAUGUGACAAAACCUUCAGUUUGGAUAAGCUGCUGCAGGAGCACAUCAGCAUCAAACACCGCGGCGAGCGUCCCUUCCAGUGCAAACUGUGCCCGAAAACGUAUCCCCGUGCAUCUACGCUGUUCAUGCACGUCAAGACGGUCCACGAGAAGAUCCGGAAAAAGUUGUACCGAUGUGAGAAGUGCACGAUGUCGUUCGUGAACAAAACCGCCUACGAUCGCCACAUGAAUGGCCGCCACAGGGGAAUAAAGUUGCACCAAUGUCCACACUGUGGAACCGAUUACGAGUUCAAGGCGUACGUGCAGCAGCACAUUGCCGAGAGACAUCCGGAAAUGGUGGAGAAUCUCAGUACGUGUCAGUACUGCGGGAUGGGAUACAGUACGGACGGAUACUACCGGAAGCACAUCAUCAAGAAGCAUCCGGAGCAUUUGGAAGUGUUUGAUCAGUGGGUAAAAGCGAAACGUGACGCGUUGCUUGGGGGAACACAGCCUGCAACUACACCGAUUCCGGAUGUCGGUAGAUCUGACGGAUUGGAUAUCACUGGUUAAAUAUCCUUUUAGUAUUUAUAAUCUCCAGCUCCAACUCAGUAUAUUGUUUGUUAAUGGAAAAAAUUGAAUUAAAAUCUCCAAAGCAACUAA